AUGACUAAUGAGAAAAAGAUUCUGCUCCUUGGUUCAGGCUUUGUAGCUGGCCCGGCGGUAGAAUAUAUCCUUCGACGUCCAGAGAAUCAUAUAACAAUAGCAUGCCGUCGACUAGAGUAUGCGAAAGCCUUGUCAUCCAAAUACGAACGCGCAACUCCAAUAUCUCUCGACGUCUUCAAUGAAGUUGAACUCGACCAAGCAGUAUCUAAACACGAUCUUGUGAUUAGUUUAAUCCCAUACACACACCAUCCAACAGUUAUUAAAAGUGCCUUGAAAUAUAAGAAGAACGUCGUCACUACGAGUUACGUCUCUGAUGCUAUUAUGGCUUUUGAUGAUGAGGCUAAGAAAGCUGGUAUUAUUAUCAUGAACGAAGUUGGAUUAGAUCCUGGUAUUGACCAUCUUUAUGCGGUAAAGACAAUAAAUGAAGUCCAUAGAGCCGGUGGAAAGGUUCUAUCAUUCAUCUCGUACUGUGGUGGACUUCCCGCUCCAGAGAAUUCUAAUAAUCCUUUGGGAUACAAAUUCUCGUGGUCUUCGCGUGGAGUUUUAUUGGCAUUGCGAGCGUCGGCAAAGUUUUAUCAGGAUGGAAAGAUUGUAGAAAUUGCUGCUCACGAGUUAAUGACUUCAGCCAAGUCAUAUUACAUAUAUCCUGCUUUUGCAUUCGUUGCAUAUGCAAACCGUGAUUCAACGCCAUUCAGAGAAAAAUAUCAUAUCCCAGAGGCACAAACUGUGCUGAGAGGCACUCUGCGAUAUCAGGGGUUCCCUGAAUUUAUCAAAGUUCUUGUUGAUAUCGGAUUAUUGGAUGAUGCUCAGAAAGAUUAUUUACAGCCGGGAGCGCCCGCAAUUACUUGGGCCAACGUUCUCGCCAAGAUUCUCAAUGUAGCUUCGCCAUCCGAAAGUACGCUCUCUUCAGCAGUACUCUCCAAAACCAAUAUUUCUAAUGAUGAAGCAACAAGAAUUCUACAGGGUAUGAAAUGGAUUGGACUAUUUUCUAACACGCCCGUGCAUCUCCGAGGUACAUUGCUUGAUACUUUGUGCGCAACUUUGGAAGAGAAAAUGCAGUAUGGUCCAGGAGAAAGAGAUAUGGUUAUUCUUCAACAUAAAUUUGGAAUCGAAUGGAAAGAUGGCACAAAGGAAACGCGCACGUCAACAUUACUGGAAUUUGGUGAUCCCAAUGGUGCGUCUGCAAUGGCAAGAACCGUUGGCACUCCGUGCGGUAUUGCCACUCAGCUAGUGCUAGACGGUGUUCUUAAUCAUAAGGGUGUCGUUGUCCCCUAUAGCGAAGAUGUUAAUAAACCCAUCAUUGAAGCAUUGGAAAAGGAAGGCAUCAGAUGCGUUGAAGAGAUUUUGUAA